GAGCGAAAGAUUCUUCGCCGGCGUGAUCUUUGUACGGCUUGGUUUCUUCUCCCGUCAAAGCUUCUGGAAAAUUCCUCUCUUCAAAAGCGAAGAUGGUUAACGCUAUGGUGGAGAGAGCGACGAGCGAGAUGCUGAUCGGACCUGAUUGGGCAAUGAACCUCGAGAUCUGUGACAUACUCAAUAGCGAUCCUGUGCAAGCAAAAGAUGUUGUGAAAGGCGUUAAGAAACGGAUUGGUAGCAGGAAUCCUAAAACUCAACUUCUUGCCUUAACACUGCUUGAGACGAUGGUGAAGAACUGUGGUGACAUGGUUCAUAUGCAUGUCGCUGAGAAGGGUGUUAUUCAUGAGAUGGUUCGGAUAGCUAAGAAAAAGCCGGACUUCCAUGUCAAAGAGAAGAUCCUGGUCCUUAUUGAUACAUGGCAAGAGGCCUUUGGUGGCCCCAGGGCAAGAUAUCCACAAUACUAUGCAGGAUACCAGGAAUUGUUGCGUGCUGGAGCUGUUUUCCCUCAGAGAUCAGAGAGAUCAGCACCUGUGUUCACUCCUCCGCAAACACAGCCUUUGACGUCUUACCCUCCUAAUCUUCGUAAUGCUGCUGGACCUGCUAAUGAUUUGCCUGAACCUUCGGCAGAGCCAGAUUUUCCGACACUGAGUUUGUCAGAGAUUCAAAAUGCAAAAGGUAUCAUGGAUGUGCUUGCGGAAAUGCUGAGUGCACUAGAGCCGGGAAACAAGGAGGACCUUAAACAGGAGGUGAUGGUCGAUCUGGUGGAGCAGUGUCGUACAUACAAACAAAGAGUGGUACAUCUAAUCAACUCAACUUCGGACGAGUCUCUGUUAUGUCAAGGUCUGGCGUUGAACGAUGACUUGCAGCGGGUCUUAACCAGUUAUGAAGCAAUCGCUUCUGGAAAACCUGGAACUUUUGUUCAAAUCGAGAAGCCUAAGUCUGAGACAGGAAAAUCCCUUGUAGAUGUUGAUGGUCCUCUUAUUGAUACUGGGGACAGCAGUAAUCACGCGAACGAAGCUACAUCAAAGUCGGGUAACGGGGUUCUAAAUCAGUUAGCCCUCCAAGCACCACCUGUAGCUAAUGGUUCAGCUAAUUCCAAAAUAGACCUCCUCAGUGGCGAUGAUCUUGCCCUUGUUCCUGUUGGACCUCCUCAACCAGCAAGUCCGAUUGCAUCAGAUCAAAAUGCACUUGCCCUUAUUGAUAUGUUCUCAGACAAUGCUAGUAGUCCAAGUAUUGCAACUGCACCUACUGGCAAUUCAGCUCCCCAGAGUAGCCCUUUGACUCCUCAAUUGCACCAGCAACCUACUAGUCAAGCUGGAGAAGUUGGAUUACAGCAAUCCAAUGGAUUUUCUCCUCAAGCGGGUUAUUCACAGUUUGAGCAGCAGCCAUCAUACGGGCAAGGGGCCUCUUCUCCCUGGAAUAGUCAACCUGCAAACCAGAUGCAACAACCACAACAACCAUCUUAUGGUUCCCAAGACAGUAUGGCAUUUCCACCUCCCCCAUGGGAGGCUCAGCACCAAGACUUCAGUCCCACUGCAGACUCAGGAAGUCCGUUUUCUCCUCAAAUGCAUCAGACACAAGUUGCCUUCACACAUGCUCAACAAUAUCCUCAAAUGCCGCAAACCAGCCAACCAGUUAACAACGGUCCAUAUCCUCAAAUGCCCCAAACAGGUCAACUAGUAAACAACGGUAAUCCAUAUCCUCAAAUGCCACAAACCGCUGGCGGUAUGUACAUGCAACAGCCAAUGCCAAACCAAGCUCAUCAGGCUCUAGGGCAAGGCUAUCCAUCACAACAACAACAGCAACAGAUGAUGAUGGCUCAGUAUUAUGCCCAACAGCAACAGCAACAGGCGUAUGGAAACCAGAUGGGAGGAUACGGAUAUGGUUAUAAUCAACAACAGCAGCAAGGGAGCAGCCCGUAUCUUGACCAGCAAAUGUAUGGUUUAUCCAUGAGAGACCAGACUUCGCAUCAUGUACCAUCAUCAUCAUCAUCUACCACCUCUUAUCUUCCUCCUAUGAAACCUAAGAAUAAACCAGAGGAUAAGCUAUUUGGGGAUCUCGUUGACAUCUCCAAGUUCAAGCCUACUACAAAACCGACUUCCGGAAGAGCUGGUACCAUCUGAUAAAAAAAGUUCGUCGUCCACCUCUCUGUUUUCUUCAGUCGUCUAACUCUCUUUCUUUUCUCUUUUCAUAAGCUUUGAUCCAUUGAUUUUACCCUCUUGGGAGAUACAUUCAUAUAUAUAUCAAUAUAC